AUGGUCCCGGCUGCGUCGCCAAGACAUUCAAUCGACAAGUGUCAACAACAUCAUAUCAACUUCUUGAGCAUAUCAAGCCAACAACAUUUCGAAUCAUGGGUACAUAGCUCUAGAAGAGCUGGUUAUACAUCUGCGAUCGAUCACGGAACAAAUUUCACCACUGCGACGAAUAAUAUGGGACGCCUUGCGUGGUAUGCGGGGGUAUCUACUGCCCUCGCAGGAGGAGUAGUAGUCUCGGCAUUUAAUCAACGUGCGAAUUUCUACUCUGCAUGCGUGUAUCUUUCCCAGAGUAACUUGUGUUUGAUGAUACUCAUCAACCUCAUCCUCUUGAUUUAUACGAGCUUUAUGUACGGGUUACAAAGACUCUGCUACGGACCCCUGCGACCGAUCGAAAUCGAACAACUAUAUGAGAAGGCAUGGUUUGCCGUUACAGAAACAUGUCUAGCUAUGACCAUUUUCCGGGAAGAAGUUGGCGCGUGGUUCUUGGUCAUGUUUGUAGCUCUGUUAACGGGCAAGGUAUGGGGUUGGAUCGGUGAUGGCAGAGUCGAAGUUUUGGAACAACAACCUCCCGCAAAUCCUCGAUUAUUCCAUAUUCGAUUGUCAGUUUCGCUGACCAUGUCGAUUCUUUAUGACCUCUGGUUGAUGAACUACACGAUCAAUGCCGUUAUUCAGCAAGCUCGCCCAACCAUGAUGGUUAUGUUCCUGUUCGAAUUCGCUAUCUUGACUACAUGUUCCUUUGCGACCGGAAUUCGAUACUGUAUCUCUUUGAUAGAGGCGAGGCUUGUCAAGAAGCAAACCCAGGAAAGACUUUUGGAACGAAGAAGGGAGGUCAGGGAAGAACGCGCCGAGAUACUCAGGCAAAGAGAAGCUGCUGUGGCGGAAGCCGAAGCUGCGGGUACAGUGGUACCAACAUCAACUGAUCCCUUGCCAUCAGAAGAUGAUGUUGAUGAGAUGGAUAUCGAGGUCCCAGGCUGGGAGUCAAAGGGUCAGUGGGUGUUGACCCUAGACUUAAUCUCAGACUUUAUCAAACUCGGAAUCUAUGUCACAUUCUUCGUCAUCCUGUUCAUGUUCUAUGGUCUCCCGAUUCACAUAAUCCGAGAUCUAUUUAUGACAGCUCGGUCGUUCACCAAACGUCUUGCGGCAUUCCUUCGUUACCGUCGCGCCACACAAGACAUGAACACGAAGUAUGAAGAUGCUACUGUGGAAGAUAUCCAGAGAGAGGAUACAUGCAUCAUUUGCCGAGAAGAGAUGAGACCUUGGUCGGUCACCAAUCCACAAGAACCAGCUGCAGCUCCCGGAGCCGCUGCCGCUCCCGCAGCUAGAGCUCCAUCAACUCUGAAUGAACGGUCGAGGCCUAAAAAACUGCCUUGCGGUCAUAUUCUCCACCUUGGAUGUCUUAAAAGCUGGCUGGAGCGUCAACAAGUCUGCCCAACAUGCAGAGCUUCUGUCGUUGAUGCACCACAGGCUCAAGCCACACGUGGAGCAGCCAACAACGCCAAUGGAGCAGCUCAAGGUGCCCAGCCACAGGUUCCAGGGCAGCAAGAUGGCCCAGGGGCACCUCCACCACCAGCAGGAAAUCGUCCUGUGCGAGGAAUGAGAAUGAUCAAUUUCGGACCUCUAAGAGUCGGCUUUGGUCAAGCGAAUCUUCAGGAUCUUGCGCAAGGCGUCGGAGCUCAACAGCCGAACCAGGACAACGGUGUGGCUGGAGGUCCUCGAGUAUAUGGCUUGGAGUUGGGUUUUCCACGACGAGUUCAGCCCCAGCCACAGGCACAAGAUGGAGCCAAUCCGAUUUCAACAUCGACAAAUUUACAAGAGAGCUUACAGCACAUUGAACAACAGAUUGUGGCUGAAAUUCGCAGUCUCCAAGUAACACAACAAGAAUUACAAUUGGUUCAGUUAUUGCAGGUCGAGCUUGGACGACUUCGUCAAUUACAGAAUGCGGGAUCGGAAAUGCCAAUACCUCCAGUGGUUCCUUUUGGAACAAGAGUUGCACUAUUUCCAGUUACGGUACCGCAAAGCAGUCAACAACCUCAUAUGCAACGGCAUGGAGCAAGAGCAAAUACAGCAGCCAUACCUUCUGGAAGUAGUGACCUUCCUCCUGGGGUUACUAUUCCAGAAGGUUGGACUCUAUUGCCGUUACAAAGGUUAGAUGGACCUGUCGUAUCAAACACGAUGCAAACCACACAAGUUCCUUUAGCCGGUCCUGCAGGGAAUCCAACAACGGCCCCCACAGCCACCACUCAACCUGACACAAUCAGCCCUAUGAGUGGCGCUUCUAAUAAUAAUCAGACGCCAACGAUUAAUCCCGAAAACAAUUCACAAGCGUCACAAAAUGAUUCGUCAAAUUCAAACGCCAUUUCUACUUCGCCGUCAGCAUCAGUUGACCAAUCAACCACAUCGAAUGUGGCCUCAAGUACCACACCUACCAGGACAAUCAGUACAACCUUGAACAAUAAUCCUGCAUCGAUCGCCUCAACUGAUGCGACGCCAAAUCCUUCCGUACUUCCCAACUGGGGUUCAUCUCAACUAUUUUCAGGCCCAACUUUGACGUCGGGUAAUACGAGCGGUAGCUCAUCAUCUGGCACAACUAUGCCACCGCCCCCAAGUCAGGGUAGCCAUGUGGACAAUAAUGUAAAUGCAAAUGCACAUGUGGCUCCUUCCACGACCACCCCCUCCUCACCCCACAACACAGAUGAUUCUGCCUCGUCUGAAGCACAUGCUUCGCGGGAGGAAAAGGGGAAAGGUAAAGCCACUGCGCAAGCGACGGUGGAAGAUACCGUUGAUGAAGAUUUAGCUGGUGGUGAAGGAUCUUCUUAG